AUGCCUCCUCGUCCUCGACCCGUACAGGCCAAGGAAUCUGGUGGGACAGCAGAUGACGACGACGGUGUAGCUACGCGUAGUCAUCGGCGUAAAGAAUACGACAUGUCUCCCAAUGGCUAUAAUUCAGAUGGAGUAGAACAGGACGGAGACAGUGAUCAUCGCUCCUUUGAUCCAACUCGCGGUUCCGGACACGGCUCCUCUCAACCAUCAUCAGCGACGAUGGUAUCUGAUAAGCAUGCGGACACAGUCAAGAUGACCUCCACCGACGAUUCUCCCAGGCCCGCUCGAAGCAAGAAGAAACCGGAUGCUUAUGCUCACCCUCUCUCUGAUUCUGAAGAUGAGGAAGUGUUGCGUGCACGUAUCAGUGACGGCGGAAAGCGCGUAUCGCAUGCUGAACGCGGUCGCAAGCACGACAGGACGCACGACGUGGAUCCGCAGGUCUUGUCUAAUCCGUCUGCACGGCGCAGUAGCUAUAAAACGCAGGGGAGGAAGAUGAGGCUCUCGGACGAGUCUGACUCGGACGCAUUCAUCUCGCACAAGAAGAAUGGUACUCGUGCUCAAGAAUUCUCUACGCCCAGGAAAUCAGGAGGUCGACGAGGUCGCGACUUGAAUGUUGACGCUUCGAGCGACGAUGGAGAAGAAGGGGAACGGCAGCCGCAAUCCCCUGUUAAAGUUAAAUCAACCCGUGGAUCUGGCCGAGAGGUAUCAUUCAACGUCUCGAAGGCAUAUCUAUCCCCCCCUCCCACCAAUAGGAAGCCUCGGAAGGUGCCCGAUACACCUCGUGGUCGUCCCGCUCGCAAAUCAUCUCAGUUUUCUCCAGCACCGCGCUCUGAUAGUCCAGAUGACGGUCACCAGCUCUAUUCUUUGGACGCAUCUGACGGGGAAGACUUCGUCCGAGUCAAGACAAGAGGACCGACCGCGACUUCACGUGAUGUAUACGAAAUUAGCAGCGAGGAGGACCUUCCUACGCGCAUAACCCCGGCAAAGAAGACCCAAGUGGAUGACGCUGUUGAUGACGAUCGCUCUCGUGCUGGACGUCAGGGUGAUGACUCUGACGCAGACCAUAACGGCAACUUGCGCGGCUUUGUCGUCUCCGAUGAUGAUGAUAUUGUUCGUACCCCGCGGAAGGGCAGUUCUCGCACAAAGUUCGUAUUGAUUAUCAUGUUCACUUCCAAGACUGCCGCUGAUACAAACCUCAGCGUCGACUCGUCUGAGAGAACAGUUAAGGCUGUUACCAGUGACGGCAAGGAAAUCCGACUAAGGCGCAAGUCUGACGAUGCAUCAUCUGGAAAGGGAAAGCGCAAAGCCCGCUCUCGAUCUCGCGACAGCUCUGACUACCUUCCAUCUCCUAAGAGAUCUGUAAAAGGAAGAGCCGUUGAGGGUCGCGGAGAGAAACGGAGGCGUCGUUCGCCGACUCCGUACCGGGACGCAGAGGACAAUCUUUCUGUUAAGCGUCCUCGCCGAGCUCCCAACGCAGGAAUAUCUGACGAUCGCCAGCCAGCGGAGGCUGCUGUGGAUGAACAGACCAACAACGCUGGCUCACCGGAUGCCGUGCCGGAAUCGCAUGACAGGUCCCCGUCCCCGAUUAACAACGAGCGCGCGUCCGCGCCCAAGGGCGCUUCUUCGGCAGUCGCCGCGCGGCCUUUAGUUAAAGACGGGAAAUGCAAAGUUACGAAUGAGGACGAUCACGAUGGCUUUCUGUUAGGCACCUACGGAGAUUGCGUUGCAUACUCGAGUUUCGCUCUGCUCAAAACUCCUCAGGAAACUGGCGCUGUUGGGGUAUCUCACUUCGGCAGUAACCACAACGGAUUUCCCCGCUUCGAGUCCGGCAACUUGUCUUUGAAACGGCUUCGCGCGAUGUUGAAGUUUACUUCUUGCGCGAACGGAAUGGUUGUCAACCCCGCACGCGCUCAUCCCGACCAGAUCCCUGUCGGUCUUUCCACCUACACAACUACCAAUAACAAGACCAUCAAGAGCAUCGCUAAGAACGGCGAGAACGUGGACCUCGUCAUAUAUGCUUUCGUCGCUCCGGACGGAUCUUAUCUUGAUCGUCUCGCGAGCCCUUCCGGCAACAACGCCCCCGCUGACAAAGGCUAUCGCGCACUCAACGUCUUCCCUCUCAAUGGGGAAUAUCAACGCACCCUUGCCUUCAUGCAUCACGUGCUAUCGCCUGCGAAUCAGCAGUGUCAGAUGUUCACCAAUGGGAACGCCUGGCAGGCGACCAGUAUGUGGGGCGAUCGUGCCAAGUUCCAAGGACGUAAACCUCUUCCUGAACACGUUCGGGUCAACACUGGAGGCAGCACCUCGAUUGGUGCUCGCGGUGUUCACCCGGGUCUUGCACGCGUUGCCAAGAGUUUCAACGGCGAUAUCCCGAUCUUCGACAGCCGCCGCCACUUCAUGAACUCUCACGUCGGUGACGACUGGAAGGAAGGAUUUUCAGUUGACAAGAUCCUGACCCAAGUGGACGGCUUAGACGAGCGAUUCAGCGGCGAGAUUCCCGACGAUAGCCUCAUCGCUAUGCAUUGCGUCGUGUCGAUGCGCUCAACCGGUGCCGUCUCACUCAACCUCGUCGGUGCCCAGGUUUUGGUCACGCCUCGUGUUGUUCAUUUCUCCGAUCUUCAGUAA